CAUGAAUAAUCCAAUUCUUCAUUUGAUAUAUCCGCUUAAAAUACUCCUUCCCAGGCCAAUUGACCUCUGGCGUCGACUGAUACCUCCUUGAUUCCUCGUACAUUGCACUCGACCGUCUACUCCAGGUUAAGCUUCUCCCCACAACCACCGCUUGAGCAAGCUUCCCGCUCCCAACCCACACAAUGCCCUCUGCAAUCGCAAUCAAACAAGUCCCCGGCAAACCAGGCCAAGUCUACUACCCCCUCGAGACAAUCACAAUCCCAGAGCCCAACCCCUCAGAGAACCAAACCGUUAUCACCCUCCGCGCCGCCGCCCUCAACCACCGCGACCUCUUCAUCCGCCAACACCUCUACCCGGGUACCACCUUUGGCGUCCCGCUCCUCGCCGACGGCGCCGGCGUCGUCACAUCUACCGGCAGCUCGCCCGCCGCCUCGCAAUGGCUCAACAAGCGCGUCAUUCUCAACCCGGGGACAGGCUGGAAAGACUGCCCCGAGGGGCCCGAACACCCCGCGGGCUACGCGAUCAUGGGCGGCACGAAGAUGAAUCCCGCGGGCACACUAGCCGACGUGGUGCUCCUGGACGAAAGCGAGCUGGAAGAAUGCCCGAGCCAUCUGAGCGACGAGGAAGCCGCCGCGCUGCCGCUCACUGGGCUCACGGCGUGGAGAGCGUUCUUUACAAAGAGCGGGAAUGCGCUGCCGGGGCGGAAUAUACUGGUUACGGGGAUUGGGGGCGGCGUGGCGCUGAUGGUGCUGCUUUUCGGCGUCGCGCAGGGGUGUAAUGUGUUUGUUACGAGCGGGAACCAGGAGAAGAUUGAUAGGGCGGUUAAGCUGGGCGCGAAGGGAGGGGUUAUAUACAAGGAGAAGGGGUGGGAGAAGACACUGCAGGGGAUGCUGCCGAAGGAACGUCCGUACCUGGAUGCGGUUAUCGAUGGUGCGGGCGGAGAUAUCGUCUCCAAGAGCGUGCGGUUGCUCAAGACCGGCGGCAUAAUCUCCAUCUACGGUAUGACCAUAUCUCCCAAAAUGGACUUCCUCAUGUCCGCCGUUCUGCGCAACAUCGAAGUGCGCGGAUCCACAAUGGGAUCGCGCAAAGAAUUCGCAGACAUGGUGUCCUUCGUCCGCGAAAAGAAGCUGCGGCCUGUUGUGUCGCGGAGCGUGCACGGGCUGGAUAUCGGGAAGAUUGAUGGGCUGUUUGAGGACAUGAAGAGUGCGAGUCAGUUUGGGAAGUUGGUUGUUACGCUGGGGGAGGCGGGGAGGAGUAAGUUGUAGAUAGGUUUGUUGGAGUGUGAUGAGAUGAGUAGUAAAUGGAUGAAGUAUGUGGUUUGGCUUCAACUUUCGUUCUUAAGGGACGCUAGGAGUCGAUGCUUGAAUGAAGAAUAAAACCAAGUU